GAAGAAGAAACUCUGUCCUUUAUCAAAGAGAGCCUUGAGAAGAGUGACCAGCUUACAAAGAACAUGGUUUCUAUCCUGUCCUCCUUUGAAAGUCGUUUGAUGAAGCUGGAGAACUCCAUCAUCCCUGUCCACAAACAGACAGAGAACCUGCAGCGCUUGCAGGAGAAUGUGGAGAAGACCCUGUCCUGCUUGGAUCACGUCAUCAGUUACUACCAUGUGGCUAAGGACACGGAGAAGAUCAUAAAGGAAGGCCCCACUGGAAGGCUGGAGGAAUACUUGAAUUGCAUGGACAAAAUCCAGAAGGCAGUGGAAUACUUCCAGGAUAACAAUCCAGACAGCCCGGAGCUGAACCGUGUGAAAUCCCUCUUUGAGAGGGGCAAGGAAUCCCUGGAAUCAGAGUUCCGCAGCUUGAUGACACGACACACCAAGCCAGUCCCACCCAUUCUCAUCCUGGACCUGAUCAGCGGGGACGAUGAAAUGGAGACGCAAGAGGAGAUGUCUCUGGAGCACCUCCCGGAGAGUGUCCUGCAUGAUAUCAUCCGCAUUUCUGGCUGGCUGGUGGAAAAUGGCAGGAAUCAAGAUUUCAUGACUGUUUACUUCCAAAUUCGCUCUGUCCAGCUCGACCGCUCCAUCAAGGGGCUGAAAGACCAUUUCCGUAAGAACAGCUCCUCCACUGGGGUGCCAUAUUCCCCUGCCAUUCAGAACAAAAGGAAGGACACCCCCACCAAAAAGCCAAUCAAGAGACCGGUCCUCAUCCCAGGUCAUGAGCAUGAUUUACGAGUUAAACACCUUUCCGAUACCCUGAGCGACAAGCAUGGGCCGGCUGCUGGGAGGGAUGACGUCUUCGACAUCGAGAUUGAUGCGUACAUUCACUGCGUUAGUGCCUUUGUCAAACUGGCCCAGAGUGAAUACCAGCUCCUGACCGAAAUUGUCCCAGAGCACCACCAGAAGAAGACCUUUGAUUCUCUCAUCCAGGAGUCAUUAGACAACUUGAUCAUGGAGGGGGAUAACAUUGUCUCAGCUGCCCGGAAGGCCAUCAUCCGACAUGACUAUUCAGCUGUGCUCACAAUCUUCCCCAUCCUUAAGCAUCUUAAGCAGAUGAAGCCAGAAUUUGAUCAGGUCUUGCAGGGAACUGCAGCAGGCACUAAGAACAAACUGCCAGGGCUGAUCACUUCCAUGGAGACCACUGGUGCAAAGGCACUGGAAGAGUUUGCAGACAACAUCAAGAAUGAUCCGGACAAGGAAUAUAACAUGCCAAAAGAUGGGACAGUUCACGAACUCACCAGCAAUGCCAUUCUUUUCCUACAGCAACUAUUGGAUUUCCAGGAGACGGCGGGUGCCAUGCUGGCAUCGCAAGAGACCAGCUCUUCAGCUAGUAGUUACAGUUCAGAGUACAGCAGGCGGCUGCUAAGCACCUACAUUUGCAAAGUGCUGGGCAACCUGCAGCUUAACCUUCUUAGUAAAUCCAAGGUUUAUGAAGACCCAGCUUUGAGUGCCAUUUUUCUGCACAACAACUACAACUACAUUCUGAAAUCUCUGGAGAAGUCUGAGCUGAUCCAGUUGGUAGCCGUGACACAGAAGACAGCAGAGAGGUCUUACCGGGAGCUCAUCGAACAGCAGAUCCAGACCUACCAGCGCAGCUGGCUGAAGGUGAUAGAUUGCAUCUUGGAGAGAAACCUGCCUGUCUUUCAGCCAGGAGUGAAGCUCAAGGAUAAGGAGAGGCAGAUGAUAAAGGAGCGCUUUAAGGGUUUUAAUGAUGGGCUGGAGGAGCUUUGUAAGAUCCAGAAGGCCUGGGCAAUCCCAGACAUGGAGCAACGGGACAAAAUCCGCCGGUCACAGAAAACCAUUGUGAAAGAGACCUAUGGUGCCUUCUUGAACAGAUACGGCAAUGUGCCCUUCACCAAGAACCCUGAGAAGUACAUCAAAUACCAGGUUGACCAGGUGGGGGAAAUGAUCGAGAAGCUGUUUGACACAUCAGCAUAAAUCUCCAGCUGUUGUGUACUCCCCAGCUGCCAAGUACAUGUCAGCACUCUCUCAGCAACCUUUGGGACUUCCUUCCCUUCUCCUCUGCCCCAUUGUGGUGGGCAGGGUGUUAUACUUGUAUUUAUCAGAUUUAUAAACCUGUGGAAACACUA